UUUCUCUUUAUUGGUUGGUAGCACAGUACAGCUAACUUAGCUUUUCUAGCUAGCUAGAGCUUGGCAUAUUCAUGGAGCACUGCCCUAGUUCAUCUAGAGCUGAUAGGAAAACCAUAGAGAAAAAUAGGAGGAAUCAAAUGAAAGCCCUAUACUCCAAGCUCAAUUCUCUUGUUCCCCAUCAACGUUCAAGGGAAGUGACAUCGCUACCAGAUCAGCUAGAUGAUGCUGUGAGCUACAUCAAAAAGCUACAGACGAACUUGGAGAAAAUGAGGGAGAAGAAAGAGAGCCUAAUGGGAGCUGAGAAGAGUGGAAAUAAUAAUGCCGGCUUUGUUGGUGGUGGAGUAAUGGGGGGCUUAAAAUCACCACAGAUUGAGAUUGAGAUUCAAGAAAUGGGUUCAGCUCUACAGGUUGUUCUGAUAACUGGGUUGGAUUAUCAGUUCAUGUUUAAUGAAUCAAUUCGCGUGCUUCAUGAAGAGGGAGCCGACAUUGUGAACGCCAGUUUUUCAAUUGUUGAAGAUACCAUUUUCCACACAAUACAUUCCAAGAUUGGAGAGUCUGCACCAGGCCCCGUAGCUGCAAGGAUAUCAGAGAGACUGAAAAAGCUUGUGAACGGUAGAGCUGGUUCAUUUUGAAGCAUACAAUAUGAUCACAAAGUGCUGCUCUAUAUUGAAGGGAUUGAUAACCUUAAUUAUAUGUAUAUUUCUCUGAGUUUGGUUGGUGAUCUUCUUGUGAGUCCUUUAGAAUGACUAUGUCAUUAUGCAUAUGCCCCUUGGUCACGAUCUCGAGCUUUUCUUUUCUUUUGCUUACAUCUAGGACUUACUGCAGUUUACCAAAAUUCAUGCUUGUUCACUCACUCAAUGAAAUAUUGAGGUUUUUGUUUCA